AUGCAAUUUAUCCAGGAAGGCUAUCCUUACACUUUCCCCCAGCAACUCGAGCGACUUCCAUCUGAGCUCCUGCAGCACAUUAUUGAACUACGUUUCUUUUCCAAGCCCCUUGGUUCCCAUUACGCUCUGUAUCAACUUCGACUGCUAAUACACGAAUCGAACCCUUCUCUGCGUAUUCGACGAGAGAUCGGAAAUUUUAUACAGAGCGUACGGACCCGAGAAAUGAUACGAACCCGGUGGAGCCUCUAUAUCAACUAUGAGGAGGCCGUGAGCCAUCUACCCGAGAUCCCCAGACGCUCGGAAAAGGAUAUCGCUACAUCAACUUUGACCGAGUGCCAGGAUUGCUUCAAUUUUAUGCUUGACUACGGUGCAAUUCUACCACCCUACUAUAACAACGACGGUCAUAGCUUCUUUGCUCUUGCUUAUAGCAUUGAGAAGAACAGAGAGAUUUUAUAUCGCCUAAUAUCUCUUACGGAGCCCAAACAAUUGCUCAAACCUCUGUCAAUCGGGCUCACAGACACAAUCUUUCAGCAGACCGUGACGUGCGCAAAAGUUUUCAAGAUCUGUUGGGAUCGACUGGACUCGGACCCAGACCUAGAUCUCUCGUUCACCCUUCGGGUGAAGCAUAUCUAUGAUGUUUGCAAGCAUGUCAAUGUCGAUUUAGCGAACAGAAUGCUAGCCCGACGUAUCAAUAUAUCACUGGGUCUUGCAACUAGGAACGGCAAUUUAACAGCUUGGCAUGCAGUAGCUAAGUUUCACCCAGACCCAAAGCCUAUUUUCGAGUGGCUGUCUAAGCACGCUUGGUUGCCAACGGAAGAACAGAGGCCCGCUCCACUACUCCUAGCUACCCAGUCAGAUCGGGUGGAAGCCGCUAUUUGGCUUAUCAGUCAUAAUAGUAACACCCGCAACUAUCGUAUAGCUGCGAUGGAGGCCGCUAAACGCCAAACCGAUGAAAGUUUAGAUAUACUUACCGCAAUUGCAGAACAAGCAUUAAUUAUACAGCCAAAAGACGCGGCUUUACUUCAGGAUAUCUUGAUUGAGAUUGUGUUCGGUGUAUGUACAGAGAGCAAACGUCUUUUGAGCACGAUGGGCUAUCUAUGUGAGCAACAGCCCUGGGCCACGGAAAGACAUGUCGAGCAGUACGAACGCUCGCUUAUGAGUGUGGAGGAUCUUGCUAUUCGGAAGAUUGAAGAGACAAUUGCUAAAAGCGAUCCAUUUUCUUUGCCGGAGGCGCAGGCCCUUGCUGCAAGUGAUGCAAAUUUGCAUGAGUUAGCUGAGUUUUUGGGUAAAUUGGAAGGGAAAUAG